GUUAGACUGGGACUUCAGACUGUCGCUGAUUGAGGAUAUCGUGGAGGGUAUGACGUACAUCCACACAAGCAGUAUCGGUGUCCAUGGCAAAUUGACUAGCUCGCGGUGCAUGAUAGAUGGGCGAUUCUUGCUCAAGAUAACCGGAUUUGGACUCAAGUGUUUGAAUGAAGCCGAAAUAAAGAACGAACGUCCUGAAAAUGACACUCUGUCACCGGAACUGCUGUGGAUGGCGCCCGACCCCGAACAUCUCCGCGUCUACCCUGCGAGCCGUCAGCGCUCACAGGCGGGAGACAUGUACAGUUUCGCUGUCAUUUUAUACGAGAUCUGCACGCGAGCCGAGCCGUUUACAGAGGAAUCGUGGUACACAUCUACCAGAGACAUUCUGGAAAGGAUCAAGCAUGGCGGCAUCAAACCUACCCGGCCAACCUUGAACGAGAAUGAACAUUGCACGGAAAUAGUGCAACUUGCUCACCUAUGCUGGAAUGAACUUCCAUCGGACAGACCGACGUUCCACACAGUGAGGAAAGUGGUGAAGAACAUUAGAAUGACAAGAAACAACGGCGCGUCCAAGAACGUUCUGGACGUGUUGCUACAGCGCAUGGAGCAUUAUGCCAACAAUCUGGAGGGUAUGGUCGAGGAGAGGACGCAAGCAUUCCUGGAGGAGAAGAAACGAUCAGAGGAGCUUCUAUAUAAGGUGCUCCCAAGAAGUGUGGCGGAUCAACUGCGGAUGGGGCGCUCUGUAAACCCGGAAGCCUUCGAGUGUGUUACCAUCUACUUCAGUGAUAUCGUCGGCUUUACCAACAUUGCCGCUGGCAGCACACCCUUUCAGGUCGUUGAUUUGCUAAAUGACCUAUACACAUGUUUCGAUGCAAUCAUAGAAAACUACGACGUAUACAAGGUUGAAACCAUCGGCGACGCGUACAUGGUUGCCUCCGGACUUCCGGAACGCAACGGUAACGAGCAUGUGCGACAGAUUGCUCUGAUGUCACUGGAAAUAGUCCACAGUGUAUGCCAGUUUGUGAUUCGUCACCAACCUGAAGUACCGCUAAGGGCGCGUAUUGGAUUACAUUCUGGUCCUGUCUGCGCAGGCGUGGUAGGACGAAAGAUGCCAAGGUACUGUCUAUUUGGGGACACCGUGAACACUGCCAGUCGCAUGGAGUCCAGCGGCGAAGCCAUGAAAAUACAUAUCAGUGAGGCCACUAUGGGGCUUUUGUCAUCGGCUUCCUUCACAAUAGAAGAGCGAGGAAUGAUCGAAGUCAAGGGAAAGGGGCGAAUGCGAACCUACUGGCUUGUGAACGAGCUUGAUACUCAGGGGAAGUAACAAAUGAGAUAGGAAACCGAAACCACUUGCAACGGUUACGUCCCCUGGCUGUUAAUAGCUAUUUAUUUAUUUCUAAUAAGGUUGGUGUAACACCACCCGUACAUGAGUAUCGUUGUGCUGUUGUAAGUUAAUGGACUACACUGACAUUAACAUAAAAGAAGACAAAGGGAACACAUCACAAUUUCAAAACCUUAAAUUAUGACCAAAAGACUUAAACCGCAUAUCAUCACGUGGUUUCACGAUUGGAGCUCGUGCCGUUAGUUUCCAUGUAGCAAACUAGCUCCCAGCCUACCUUGAACAUAUACAGAACAUACAGGAUUCUGCACGAUCAUGCUGAAUAACGCU